AUGCCUCUCCACCUUCUCGGAAAGAAGUCUUGGAACGUCUAUAAUCAAGAGAAUAUCGCCCGCGUCCGGCGCGAUGAGGCGCAAGCAAAGGCACAAGAAGAGGAGGAGGAACGGCGUAUGCAGGAGAUCGAUGCUGAGCGAAGAAUCCACAUCCUCCGUGGUGAACAACCCCCGACUCCGCCCCCACCGCCGUCGCACCCGACCAUCUCCCGAUUAGAAAGGAAAGGAUACCCUGAUAGCACGGGGCCCACCAAGAAGCGAAGACGCCUAGCAGGUGAAAAUGAUACGGAUCGCGAUAUCAGAAUAGCUCGAGAAGAUGCAGAGCUGGCGCUCGCGAAGCGGGAGGAGCUGGUUCUCUCUCAUAAAAGCGAUGCGCCGCUUCGGGAUCGUGCUGGACACAUCAACUUAUUUCCCGAAGAGGAAACACGCAAGUACGUGGAGAAAAACCCAGAGGCAGAAAAGGAGGCAGCAGAAAAGCAGCGAAGCUACGAAGACCAGUAUACCAUGCGAUUUUCUAAUGCAGCGGGCUUCCGUCAAAAUGUCGGUCAAAACCCCUGGUAUUCAUCAUCUCAGGGUAAUGGCGCUGCUCCAGACUCUAUCCCAAGCACUGAUGUUUGGGGCAACGAGGAUCCUAUGAGAAAGGAGAGGGAGAAAACGCGAAUGGACCGAAACGACCCCCUUGUUGCGAUGAAGAAGGGCAUCUGCCAGCUAAAGUCCAUUGAAGGGGAAAGGAAAAAAUGGAACGAAGAGAGAAAUAGAGAACUUGAAUCUCUAAGAUCCACCGAGAAAACUCGAUCGCAUCGCCGUAGGAGGGUCCCCUCGACGGAUAGCCUUGAGGACUUCAAACUUGAUGCGACACCCGAUAGACAUCGCGAAGAGAGUAACCAACGAUCGCGUAAGCAUCACCGGCAUUCCCGUGAUAAAUCUCCAAAUCGCUCGCACAGAAGACCUAUCAGUCCCAAGUCUCCUUCGCAUUAUCAACGUGAUCGUCAUCAUCGCCACCGAAUCAGAGAUGGUAGCCAGCGUGAAGGCGAUGGUGAUUCAAGAUAUCAUCGACGACAAUAG